GUUCAUGAUCGACCAAAACAGGAAGUUUGUAUUGGGGUUUUAGUCUAUAGAUAUUUCCUUUGGAUUGUUAUCGUUAUUCUAGAUCUAUCGAAGAUCAGAUUGCAAUUUUGAAAAAACAACAACAAAAAAGUGCUUAUACAACACAAAAUGGAGAUUCUUCAGACCUUUUUAUGUUCCUUUCCAAACUGGUGUAGGCAAUGUUCACGUAUUGUCGUCGAUAAAGCCAUAAAUAUAACGACUGUGGCAUGGAUGAACUGUACAGAGACCAGAGACUACAGGAUGACAGUAAACAACUCCCGCGGCAGUGUGCUGCAUGAAACCGAUGUCUCUUGCUGCAAAGGAAGCAUCACUAUAAAAUACAUGAAAGAUAUUAUUGAUGACUCUACACUUCUGAAGAUCGGCAGCACAAUCUUCCAGAACAUGACAGAUGCUCCGAGCAACAUGACAAACUUAAAGAAUCAAUUGAAGGAUGAUCUCUCUACAAACACCGCCAUUAUUAUUGGUGUCGUCACUGUAUCGUCUGUUUUAGUUAUCACCAUAUUUGUUUUCUUCAUCGUCGUACGUCUGAAGAAAAACUGAAGUAAAGAUCAUCCACCUUACACUAACUGCACCAAGGCAGCCGAUGAGUUACACGUACAUGUAAUAACACAUGUACAUUGAAACUAACGUCAAGGAUGGGUGAUUCACAUUUCCUGUUUGGUUUCAACAGGAAGCAUCGUGGCAGAUCAACAAUGAAAAAUGUUAUGAAAAAUUGUCAAUAUACAGGACGUUUCAAAAGUUUAUUAGUGUGAGGUUAUGCUUUUCUUGUUCACUGUUGUUAGAGGUAAAUCUAUUGUUUAUUGUUGUGAUGGGCCACGCCUCUUGUUAAUGUUGCAAGUGGCACAUCAUUUGUUUAUUGCUAAUAGUUCAAUGUGCAUAACUAUCCGUGUUACUUCAGUAUGUGUGUAUUAUGAUAAAAUGCAUUUCCUAAGUCAUAGAAUCUUCACACAUAAUGCAAAAUAUUUCAUGUCCCAAUAUGUGUAUACAUUCAAGGACAAUGUAGGAUCUCGGUACAAGUUACUUUAUUUGGUUUGUUUAUUUUUUGUUUUCUUUUUUCUUUCCUUGGUUGGCGUCAAUCCCUCACUGUAUGAGGUCGUGUGGCAAAUUUUUUUGACGCCUCCAAGGAUUAACUCAUUUAUGUAUAUGUCGUAUGCAUGUUCCAUGUAUUCUGUAACUUGUAUUUGUACUUUCACUACAUGUAUCUUUCUAGUCAGUCUCAAAGGGGGAUCACACUUUACCUGACACCUAUGUACAUGUUUCAGCAGGUAUUGUUUAUUCAGGUGAUCCCCCUUAAUCGUUUGUUAUACAUUUUACAUAACAAUUUACCUUAUGCCAUUCAAUAAAUGACAUAUUCGACAAAACUGCA